AUGGGAGUAGAAUAAUCAACAAAUAAAAACUCUAAAAAGUCUUUAUUUAGUUGCUUAUAAAUGCUUGUUGAAGAUGUUGAAUUUUAUAUUGAUAAAGAAUUUCUUGAUUAAUUAAAGUUCAUAGAGAUUCCGUUUGCCAGCAACUUUGAAAAAAAUCGGUAACAUUUGUAUAUUCAAUAUAUAAUAGCAAGUAAAUAAUAGAUUUGCUUUAAUAAUCUAUACCACCUCAAAUUACUCUUUUUGAGGAUGUUUUACUAAAUUAUGCAAGUUCAGUGUUUUAGUGUUCUUUAAUUAAAAACAACAACAAAAAUAAACUAAAAAAUUUUAAGGAUCUCACAAUGGAUAAAGAAUUCGUUAAAAAUUUUAGAUUAAUGAACUUUUCAUAUAAACAACAUCAAUAUGACGAUUGUUAUUAAAAUAACUUAGAACUCCUUUUAAAUGGAAUAAAAAGUUAUUGCAGUUUAGCUAAUUUAAUAAUUAGAGAAUUAGAUUAAAAUUUAGAUUUAUAAUGUAUGGUUUAUGUUUUGAUUUGGGAACACUUAUAAAAUAAUUUAUGCAAAUUAUCCAAAUUAGAUAUUUAUGACCUUUAGCCACUUAAUUAAUUUUUUAAUGAACAUUAUGCAACGAUUAAUCCUCCUUUAAAAGUUGAAUAAAUAGGAGGAAAAUUAUGGGGUACAUAAGUAUAAUAAUUAAACAUUAAUUAUAUUAAAAAAUAAUUUGAAGAUGCAAGAAGAGAUAAGACCAAACAAAAGAUAAGUUUGUUUUAAGUUAUUAAUGCUUUGAUUGAUAUAAAUAUUGAUGCUGCUCAACUUUAAUGGUUAGGUUUUAGCGAUUUCUAAUUUCGUGGAAAUCUUAAAGUUUUAAUUGAUUUCAUUAUUGAAGAUACUGAAAUAUUAUUAAACAAAUUAAAUUAAUAAUCAAACGGAGAUCUUAUUUUAUUGUUAGAUUUAUGGGAAAAAGAUGAUUAGUUUAUGAAAUCAGUCCUUCCAACUUGGAUUUGUGAAAAUAAACUCAACACAUAAUUUUUUAGUUAUUUUGAAUUAAAAAUCAAAUAAAAGAUUAAAUAAUUGUAAGUAAGUUAAUAAAAGAAUCUUAUAGAGAGAUAUUCUAAAUAAACAUAUUAAAUAGAUUUUUAACAUUAAUUAUAAAAUUCUAAGGAAAGUUUGCAAUCUAUUUUUUUUUCAUUUGAAGAUUUUUAAUUGUAAAAUAUGGAUUCUACUUUACAGAUCAUGAUUAAAUAAUUAAAAUAAGAAAAAUAGUUUAGUAGUAUUAUUUAAGCUAGUGAAAAAACUUAAUAAGGAACUAGUGAUUUAUUAAUUCCAUAAAAUUCAAAUCUCUUUUCGGAUAUUGAUGUUCAUCAUAUUUAAUCUAAUAUUAUAGAUUAAUUAGAUGAAGAUAAUUUAGAAGUAAAACAAUAAAAAUCAGAUUUAAUAAGUCCAGAAGAUGAAAUUGCUAAAAUAUGCAAUAAAUUUGAUCUCAUAAAGAAUAAAAUAUAAUUAAAUAUUUAAUAGAGAGAUGAAAAGAUAAAAUUAAGAAAUAAAAAUUUAUCACCAGUAUCUUAGAAUUUAGAAAUCGUUUUAAGUUUUGUUCAUUCUCUAUCAAACAAACAAGUUGAGGAAAUAGUGAAUUUAUUGCUUAAGGAUAAGCACAAGGAAAUUAACUUAAGAAAUACUAACUAGAUUCUGAAUGAAGAUAAUUUUCGAAGCUCUAUUGCAGCUGAACUACUUAGUUAAUUGGAAAAGUGAAAAAAAUAAAUAAUUUAUUGAUAUUUAUC